GAUAAGCUGCGCAGGUCGGAGGCGGAGGCGGCAGCCUGACCGGCGAUGGAGGGGAAGCCGCUGCAUCUCCUCCUCCCCCACCCCCACCCUCGCCCCCCAUUCCCAGGCCACCUCCCCAACCACGGCCUCCCGGAGCCCCGCCUCCGCCUCUCCCUCCACCACCGCAACCCGAAGGCGAGGCAGCUCGCCUUCUCCCCCCGGCCGCCCAACAGCCAACCGCCCGGCCGGGGAGGCUGGGAGUGGGCGCGGGGCGCCUCCGCGGCGGCGGCGCUGGCGCUCCACCUGGCCGUCUGCUCCCUCCUCAUCCUCUUCCCCGCCCCGGCGGCACGCGCGUGCGCCCAGCCGCCCCCUCCCCCCGCUGCCGUGGAGGCCAAGGAGCAGGAGGAGGGCGACGAGGAGUGGGAGGCCGCGCUGCAGCAGUGGAAGUCCAAGACCUACGCGCUCUCCGUGCCCCUGCGCGUCGUCGCGCUCCGCGGCUCCUUCCCUCCCGCGUGGAUCAAGGAUUUCAUUGAAGCACAGGGGAAGAGGCUCAAAUUCAGCCCUGAGUUCCGCCCUAGUAUCGACGCACUCUUCUCUGAGUUGUCAAAAUGUGUGGACAAAGGUCAGGUUCAGCCCAAAUCUGCGAUGGCAGCUGAUGUCGUUUCUAUUGGGGACUCUUGGCUCGGCUACGCCAUCCGUAAGGGACUGGUAGAACCUAUCAACAAUGCUGAAGAACAGGAUUGGUAUCGGAGCCUAAGUGACAGAUGGAAGGUUCAUUUGUGCAGGAACCAGAAUGGAGAGGCAGAUUCUAAUGGCUCGGUAUGGGGUGUUCCAUACAGAUGGGGCACAGUGGUCAUUGCAUACAAGAAAAGCAAGUUUAAGCAGCAUAACCUGAAGCCAAUACAGGAUUGGGAGGAUUUGUGGAGGCCUGAACUUGCUGGGAAGAUUUCAAUGAUUGAUUCUCCCAGAGAAGUAAUUGGUGCAGUCCUUAAGCAGUUGGGAUCAUCAUAUAACACGAUUGACAUGGAAACAGAAGUCAAUGGUGGUAGAGAAGCAGUCCUAAGCAGCUUUACACAGCUACAAAAACAGGUCCAGCUAUUUGACAGCAUGAACUAUCUGAAAUCAUUUGGAGUUGGGGAUGUUUGGGUCACAGUGGGUUGGAGCAGCGAUGUCAUCCCUGCUGCAAAGCGAAUGUCCAAUGUCGCUGUUGUUGUUCCCAAGUCAGGCAGUAGCCUCUGGGCUGAUUUAUGGGCCGUACCUUGUGCGACAAGGUUUCAGACUGAUCGAAUCGGGGGCAGAACUAGAGGCCCAUCUCCACUCAUCCACCAGUGGUUCGACUUCUGUCUGCAGAGUGCCAGAAGCUUGCCCUUUCGCCAGGAAAUUAUCCCAGGAGCAUCGCCGCUGUUCCUUGAGAACCCAGCUCCAGAGGUUCUGCAAGAUCGAAACAAGAAGAAGCCAAAGCUGGAGAGUAACCUUGUCAGGGGAGUGCCUCCCCCUGAAAUCCUGGAAAAAUGUGAGUUCUUAGAACCUCUAUCGGACAAAGCGGUGGGUGACUACCAGUGGUUGAUGUCGAGAGUGCACAGACCACGCGGCGGUCUGCUUGGCACCAUGCUGCAAAAGAUAUCAACCAUGCUAGACUUAAAAUCGAGAUUUUAGAGCACACACCUAUCGAUACGAAGUUUAUCAGUCAUCAGUAUUUUUUCGAGCUGACCAGUGACCACUAACAAACCAAUAGUUCAAACCAUGCAUAGGAUCCACUUUUUACAGUACCACUUCUAAAAACCUCUCUUUGGAGAUUUAAUGUAAUCUGACUCUGAGAUUCGGACGAGAAAUGCUGCGGAUCAUCUCUGAAA